ACGACGGCAGGACAUAUGCUACAACACAAAUCCCAAGCAAAGAAGCAGCCAACAACAUUAUUCCGUUACCUGAUGGGGUCGACGAUGAUGGGGUCGACGACGGCGGCGUUCCUGGCGCUGGCGGUGGUGGCGUCGCCGCUGCUGCUCGCGGCGGCGCAGCCGGUGGGGGCGCCGCCGGCGACCAACAACUCGAGGCUGGAGAAGGCCUACGUGGCGCUGCAGGCGCUGAAGAAGGCCAUCACGGACGACCCCAAGAACAUGACCAACAACUGGUGCGGCCCCGACGUGUGCAGCUACCACGGCGUCUACUGCGCGACGGCGCCCGACGACCCCUGCGCGCGCACCGUCGCCUCCGUCGACCUCAACCACGGCGACAUCGCCGGCACGCUGCCGGAGGAGCUGGGCCUGCUCUCCGACCUCGCCGUCUUCCACCUCAACUCCAACAGGUUCUGCGGCGCGCUCCCGGACGCGCUCCGCUCCCUCCGUCUCCUCCACGAGAUCGACGUCAGCAACAACCAGCUCACCGGCAACUUCCCCUCCCAGCUCCUCUGCCUCCCCCACGUCCAGUACGUCGACAUCAGGUUUAACAACUUCUGCGGCGAGGUGCCGGCGGCCAUCUUCGAGAAGAAGAUCGACGCGCUCUUCAUCAACAACAACAACUUCGAGUUCACGCUGCCCGCAAACUUCAGCAGCUCCACGGCGUCGGUGAUCGUGCUCGCCAACCUGCCGCGGGUCGGCGGGUGCCUGCCGAGCAGCAUCGGCGACAUGGCCGGGACGCUCAACGAGCUCAUCCUCCUCAACAGCGGCAUCUCCUCCUGCAUCCCACCGGAGAUCGGCAAGCUGGACAAGCUCACCGUGCUCGACCUCAGCUCCAACGGCAUCGUCGGCAAGCUGCCCGACACCAUCGGCAACAUGCGCGCCCUCGAGCAGCUCAAUGUCGCCAACAACAUGCUUGCCGGCGAGAUCCCCGAGAGCAUCUGCGCGCUGCCCAACCUCAAGAACUUCACCUACUCCCACAACUUCUUCUGCGGCGAGCCGCACCGGUGCCUGGAGGUGCCCCACAUCGACGACCGGCAGAACUGCAUCGCCGGACGCCCCGACCAGCGGCCUGGCGAGCAGUGCAUCGAAUUCCUCCACCGGCCGCCUGCACAGUGUGCCGCGCACGGGCAAUCGUCGCCACCGCCGAUGUACUGAUACGUGGCAGACGGCAAUACUGGAAUUUGUAGCUGUUUGCUGCCUUUGUGCCGUGAGAAAAGGGUAAAAAUGCACACACUUGGUAUAUACUGUAAUGUUUAUUUUUCGGAAACAAAGAAAUAACAAUGGAUUGACGGAUUUGCAUUA